AUGGCGUGUCUCUUCGCUUUCCUUUUGACUUUGCUGGCCGCACAAUGGAGCCCUGCGCUAUCGGCAUCGACAGCGGCGCAUAGAGUCCUAAAUGUGACGGCACUCCCAUAUGACCCGCGGCCUGCACCGUCGUACAUGGUAGACAACCAGCACAACUACUACCACACAGCCCCUGAUAAAGGGAAGCAGAAUGGUGCAGUAUGGCGCUAUUCGGGCAGCUUGGACAAGUACAUGGCCAAUCUUCGCAAUGGCACUGUAGUCCGCGGCGGGUAUGUUAACUUUAAUGGCACCAAGCAGACGACUUUCAGUGCCGCCAAGGUCAGGCGGCAGUCCUCAUCGGACGACUACUGGCUCGCUAAUCUUGCGCCUUCGGGAGCUCAACCUUUCGCCGGUGGAGACGACUAUCAGUUCUUCCGUAACGUCAAAGAUUUUGGUGCUGACGAUACGGGAGAAACGGACACGACUGAGGCGCUCAACGCGGCCGUUGCCAGUUGGAAUGUAGACUCGGUGGGGGAUGCGAAGACGCGUUGUGGCGAGGAGUGCGGCAACACAUUCUCUCAGGGCGCGAUCGUCUACUUUCCAAAAGGCACAUACAAAAUCUGCUCGCCUGUGAUCCAGUACUACUACACACAGUUCAUUGGCGACCCAAACAGCAUGCCCACCAUUAAGGGCUGCGAUACCUUCCAAGGUAUCGCAUUGAUCGAUACGGACCCCUAUAUCCCCCAUGAGUCAGGCGCUCAGUGGUAUGUGAAUCAGAACCAAUUCUUCCGCCAGAUCCGUAAUUUCGUCUUCGAUCUUUACGAUAUGCCAGAAUCCACGGCUGAGAACGACCAGGACUUAGUGCCGACGGGAAUUCACUGGCAAGUGGCGCAGGCCACCUCGCUGCAGAACUUAAUUUUCAGUAUGCCUGCGACUAGCACUACGACGGCCGUUGGUAUAUUCUCCGAGAACGGCAGCGGCGGCUUCGUGUCUAAUAUAAUUUUUGACGGUGGCAACAUCGGCUGGCGCGCGGGUUCACAGCAGUAUACAGCGCGUAAUCUGCAAUUCAACUUUUGCAAUACGGCAGUACAAAUGGUGUGGGAUUGGGGUUGGAACUGGCAACAGAUAAACGUAAAUGGUGGAUCCAUUGCCUUCAAUAUCUCGGGCGUGGGUGGCGACACGGGCCAGGGCACGGGCAGCGUGUCCAUCAUUGACACCAUCAUUAGUGGAACGACCGUUGGAAUUUUGACUAACGGGCUCGGAAAUUCACCAAACAUCGUGCUUGACAACACCGUUUUUGAGGGUGUGACCAGCCCUGUCCUAGUGAAUGGCGGCAGCAAGCUCUUAUCCGGCAAUUCUGACCUGUGGGCGACAGGAAAGCGGUACAACGGCUCGACCGGCUCGACCCAAACUGGAGAUGUGACCGCACCUGCCAGGGCCAAAGAGCUCGUUGACCCCAAUACUGGCUUCCUCUUCGUGCGCGAGCGGCCUCAAUAUGAGGACCUGAGUUCUGACUCCUUUUUAUCGGCGACUAAGGACGGCGGGUGCAAGAAUGAUGGUACGGGCGACCAAGCGUCUUGCAUUAAUUCAUUUCUGGAAAAGGCCUUGGGACAGGUCGCUUACUUCCCAGCUGGGAUCUAUACGGUUGGCAGCACCGUGUUUAUUCCGACGGGGUCGCGUGUGCAAGGCUCUUCGUGGUCACAAAUCCAAGGGUCGGGCUUUUAUUUCAGCGACAUGCAUGAUCCUCAGGUCAUGGUGCGGGUCGGUAACAAAGGCGAUGUCGGCACCAUGGAGAUUGUCGAGAUAUUAUUCUCGGUGCGUGGUGGUACGGCCGGCGCUAUCCUUAUGGAGUGGAAUACAGCAGCGUCUGAACAGGGCGCGGCAGCCAUGUGGGACUCGCAUUUUCGUGUUGGCGGCGCCCUGGGUUCUGAUCUUGACCUCGCCACCUGCCCUAAGUUUAGCAGUAAUGAUGAGUGUAUUGCUGCUUCCCUCAUGCUACAUAUAACAUCUCAGGCGAAUGGCUACUUUGAGAAUGUGUGGGCGUGGGUGGCUGACCAUGAUAACGAUCAGUCCAUAUAUAACCAACCCGACUCUACCAUCACACAAAUAUCGAUUUUCGGCGCCCGCGGCAUGCUAGUCGAGUCCCAGGGGCCAACUUGGUUCUAUGGCAGCGGUUCAGAGCACUCAGUGCUAUAUAACUACCUGCUCAGCGGGGCUAAGAGCGUCUAUAUGGGCCACAUUCAGACUGAGUCGCCCUAUUUCCAGCCCGUUCCAGGAGCCCCGGCGCCCUUUGGUGCGGCCAGUAGCUUUCCUAACGACCCUGACUUUAGCCAGUGCAAUGUCACUGCCAAUUCGGACAAUGAGCAAUGUCGCUAUUCCUGGGGAUUACAGAUUAUAGAUUCGACUGACGUGAUUAUUCAUGGUGCUGGGCUGUAUAGCUUCUUCAACGCCUUUUAUAAGGACUGUGAGGACACCAACAGCUGUCAACAGCGCAUUCUCGAGGUUAAGGGCUCGACCGGCGUCGUCAUCUAUAACUUGUUCACUGUUGCUACCGUCGAAAUAGCUAGUGGCAUUGACAGCUCUAAGGUCCUGCAAAAAGACGGUAACCAGCGCGGCUUCACGACAGAGAUAAGCGUGUGGUUACCACUACCCGGACAGGACAAUGUCAACCUUGUGUGGGUAGGUACCGACAUUUGGACAGCUCCAACAGUGACCUGCUCAUCAGCGCCAUGUUUGUUGAUCCUACCAACGAGUUCGCUCUCUUCAGACACAACCAUCUCGCCUAGUGAAUAUACAACAUCGUUUGAGUAUGGCGGAUUUGGAACCACCACGGUCGGUGGAACCACUGUAUUUGUCACAUCCACCACCACAGUGACCAUUGCAAUCCCCGACAUUGUCACGGACGGAAUUCCGUAUUCCAACGUCAAUGUGUCUUCCACGGGACCGACAACAAUCACCAUCUAUCCCAGCGUCAAUAUUCCGCCCAUCGGUAUCCCAUUACCUGAUGGUAGCGGCAGCACGACUAUACGCACUGUUACCCUCCCGCCAUGGCCCAAAGUGAACAACGGGCCCAGCAUGGGGUUCACGGACCCAGGGAGUGAACCUGAUAACAGCGACAGUGGAAGCCCAGGUAGAAGCACCACAUACUAUACUCCUAUCGGUGUCCCCGUCACCGCACCCAGAGCAACCGUCACAACCUUGACGUUCCCGGCCACAACAGGAGCUAUCACCAUCUCCUGUCCGGCCAGGACGUCCAUGGUCUUUGCCACGCCGCCUAUUGCCGUCAGCACGACAUGCACGGAUUCGGUCUCGAUAACCUUCAACUUUGUCUGCCCAACUACCAAGGUGGUCACUUUCCUUGCCUCCACCACAGCCAUAGUUUCAGUAGAUUGCUCUCUGGUCACAUCCUGGAGUACCGGUAGAGCCGAUUCUUCUUCCACCACGACGCCACUAGCCGUCUGGGGCACCACCUGGCCACCUUACGGUCAAAUUAUCCCUGUUACAACCACUGUCGAUGAGCCCAAGCCAACUGAUGACGGCGUGAUCGUGCCUUGCAGGGCUUGGUUUUUCUUCAUCUGCAUCUCGUGGGGCGAGGUCCACAUCGGCGGUUGGCAUUGGAUCCUGCCGCCAGGUAUUUACGGGCCUGGCCCACCGCCAGUCGGUCUGAUCAGGUGGCCCCCCGGCAUUUCCAUCCAAGGAAAUUUGCCGAACUGGCCCAAGAUCACCAUUGGGAAAGACAACCAGAUUACGACUGAGGAGAAGAGCGAGUGCGAAACGCAGACUGCCUCAGCAUGCACUACUACAACCUACGUGUCAGCUGGCACGACGCUCUCGUCAGCCUCCAUGUGCGAGACCAUCUCGGGCUGCUCUAUCAGCGUCUCAGACUCGUUCACCGAGGUCAUUGGCACGCAGACACCGGCACCCAUCGGCACGUGGUACGCCGAGGCCUGGCCGACCAUGUCGCUGGGGGAUGCUUACACUAACUCAGUAUUAGAUGAGCUGAGCUCGAGGCUGGCUCAGGAAGAUAUGAGCGCCGACGGGACAACCCUUAGCUUCACGGGUGGGGCAACUGCCGGUCCUCGGUGCGCGGGCGCCAGCACUGCCUGCGGCGGGACAUUGUGCGUGGGCUACUGGUGCACACCCAGCCCAACGGGUUACCCGCCCGACUACCAGGACCCCAAGGACCCUAACUCGGGCGGCUACUCGGCACCCACGACAACCAUCGGCGGCUCGACAACGACGAGCAGCAGCAGCAGUAGCACGACGCGUGUGUGUACCGUGACUGACGUGUGCAACUGUGACGAGCGUGAAUGCGACGAAUGCUCGCCGCCCUGCUGUCUCAACGGCACAUGUGGGACUACUACUACAUCGACGACUACGACGGGUCCUCCUACCCCUCCUCCUGAUCCAUGUGACGGCUUCGAUUGUCGGGCAUGCGGAACGCCUUUUGAUGAUCCAUGCUGCCAGAGUUAUUGUCAAUAA